AUGAUUGAGUACCUUCUCAGCAAAAGUACGGAAGAAUUAUGUGGAUUUGAUCGGUAUUCGGCCAAUUUUUGGUCAAAAUACUUGGUAAACACGACAGAAUGGACACUAAAACCGUGCGCCGAAUUCGGUACCGUCGUCUGCUUGCACACCGUACUCUUAUUCUUCUGUGUAUUGGCCAUGUUUAAAACUGUAAGUAAUUUUAUCAUUUUUUUCGAUGUUUAGACCUCCUCGGCGCUAAUUUCUUCUUCUGGGAUCAGAGUCUUACUGUACUUUCGAGUUUUCAUCGUUGUAAAUACAGUACUUUUGUAUCUGGGUUAUUUUAUCUUCACUUUGACCGGUAAAUUCUCGCUGAAUCCGUUGCUGAAUUUCGAGCAAUUUAUUAUUGGAACCGUAUUUUUGGCUUAUGGAAGCGUUUAUUGGAUAGCGGUUAGAAACAAUGUGUGAGUCAUUGAAUUAGGCGAACAGAGCUGGCACUUCCCACAGUUAUAUCAUCGUUUAGAUGGAUACGGCGAAGGAGUUUGUCCAUUCCUUACACUUUCUGUGGCUUUUUGUUAAUCAUCAUCACAUAUCAAAGAGUGCGGUUGUUGUCUUUUCGUCACUACCAGACCUAUGGAUAUCUGUUUGUUGGGAUCUCACAUUUAUGCAAUAUUGUCCUUCAAGUCUACGAAUUCAUGAUGUAUCGGUAAGAAGGUACCAAAUUGAUUACCACGGUGAAUAUUUUAAUGAUUUUAGAUCCGAGAAUCCUUUUGUUCAAAUGUUGGAUACAGAGUCCGUGUAUUUGGAUGAGAAUGGCGAUGAGGGAGCGGGUUUCUUCUCCAAAUUGUUCUUUUGUUGGGUCAAUCCUUUGAUUGUCAAAGGUUACAAAGGACAAUUGAAGAAUGUAAGUCGUCUUUUUAAAUUCAAUAUUUUUUGUUUUUAGAUUACAAAUUUAUUCCGGGUACCCCCAUCGCUGAGAGUUAUUCGAAUCGAGAAAUUAUUUUUUCAAAAUGCUCCGGAUGAGUUUGUUGAUGACCAAAAGUUCAGUUUAUUCGUUGGAUUACUCAGAACUUUUGGAUUAAAAUACUUUUCCUUAGGCAUUCUAAGGUUAAUGGCAGAUCUUUUGACGUUUGCUGGUCCAGUUUUGCUUCAUCUUCUUAUUGUUUGUCUGGAAAAUGGAGAUCCUGAUGUAAGUUAAAAUCAAUUUAACUAAAGAUAGUUUCGUAUUUUAGGUUUUGUCACUAAAAAUCAUUUGUAAUUUUAGAAUAUGGGAUUUCUCUAUGCCUUUCUAAUGAUGAUUUGCUCCUUUUCCUCGGCCGUUUGUGACUUUACCUUCAAUUUCCAAAUGAAUAAGAUCGCCCUCAAAGUGAGAUGUGCCACUUUGGUCGCUCUCUAUGACAAAGUUCUUACUCUCCCUCAGAAUCAGCUUGCCCAUUUCUCGACUGGGGAGAUUAUCAACUUUAUGUCCACGGAUCUGGAUCGAAUCGUCGCGUUUGUCACUUCUUUCCACGCCUUCUGGAGUAUGCCCGUCAAUAUUAUGAUCGCCUUGUACUUGUUAUAUCGAGAGGUUGGUGGUAAUUUGUUAUUUGGUAUUUUUUUACGAUUUUUAACUAUGUUUUUAGAUGGGGCUUGCCUUCUUUUCCGGGUUGUUUUGCGCAAUAUUGAUGAUCCCGUUGAAUAAUUACAUCGCCUCGAAGAUCGGGAAGAUGUCCAAAAGUUUAAUGGAGUUCAAGGACCAAAGACUUAAGGUCUGGUAUAUUUUUGGCAAAGAAUUUUUAAAGAAUUAUAUUGUGCUUGAUGUCAAUUUUUUAAAUGUUGAUAUUACAGUUGGUCCAAGAAGUCCUCCGAGCCAUGAGAAUUGUAAAACUUUCAAAUUGGGAGCCCUUUUUCGAGAAGAAGAUCGAUCAGAUCCGUCAGAAUGAGCUGAGAUGCCUAAAAUACCGAAAAUAUUUGGAUGCAGUAUGCGUAUAUUUAUGGGCCUCUGCUCCUUUGCUGAUUACAAUUACUAUUUUGACUACUUACACCAUGAUCAUGGGAGAAACGCUGACGGCAGCCAAAGUUUUUACCUCGCUGGCCUUGGUGAAUAUUCUAAUCUUGCCAUUGAAUGCAUUCCCUUGGGUCCUGAACUCUCUGAUUGAAGCGCAAGUGUCAAAAAAGAGAAUGGAUAGGUUCUUCGCGUUGGACACGAUGCCUUUACAUUGUAUUUACUCAUUAACUGAGAGUGGGUCUUCUUUUUUUUGUUAAUAUAAUGGAUAAUAUAAUUGCGUUGUAGAGGUCUAAGUACUCAAUAUUUUUAGGUAGCGACCAGCUCUUAGUGUUGGAAGAUGCCAGAUUCGAAUGGAAUAAUGGGUUUGCAGUUAGUGGGAUCAACUUUGUCGGCAAUAAGGGCAUGAUUAUUGGGGUCUCUGGAGGUGUGGCGUCAGGAAAAACAACGCUAUUAUUGGGUAUAUUGGGGGAAACGAUGGUGCCAAUUGAUGAGCAAUCCUCGAUCAGGGGAGUUCCAUUGAAAACCACGAUUAAAAUACGACAAUCUACAGUGCAUGAAGGGUUUGCGUAUGUUGGACAAGAGAAUUGGGUGAGAAGAGGGACGAUCAGGGAGAAUAUAUUAUGUGGAAGUCCUAUGAAUGAGGCAUUUUACUACAAGGUGUUGAAAGUUACAGCCUUGUUGAGUGAUAUUGAGGUAUGAAAAGUUUUUUGUGAUUCAAUGUUGAUCAAAAUUUUAUUAUUUGCGACCUUGUUUCAGAGGAUGCCUGGAGGUGAUCAGUAUGUAAUAGCAGAUGAAGGAACGACUCUAAGUGGAGGACAACGUGCCAGAUUAGCGCUGGCUAGGGCGAUUUAUCAUGUGAGUAACUUUAUUGUAUUUAAUUUUUUAUAUUAUCCAUGACCAUCUGAUACAAAUUGUUUCAGGAAAACGAUGUGUACAUUAUUGAUGAUCCCUUUGCCUCUUUGGAUCAGAAGGUUGGCCGUUUCGUAUGGAAGAACGCUAUUCAAGGGCUUCUUAGAGAGAAAAACAAGCUUGUUAUAGUAGCCACCCAUAAUUCGGAAUUCCUCAAAGAGGUGGAUUAUGUGGUGAAUUUGGAUACUUUUGGAAGAGUCGCAAGUUUUGAUGAGAUCACUCCACCACCUCCAGACCAACCAUCCACAUCUAGUGUUGUGGAAGAAGAGACUGACGAGAUUCCUUUAGUUUUGUCCGACAAUGAAAGUGAAGAAGGCCGAUUAAUGGAGAACCCGGAAUUCGUUUCUCCAGUCGUAAGUGAACAAAUGGAAAAGGGAACUGUCAAAAUGGAUGUGUACUGGUUUUACCUCGAAAAUGUUGGAUUUGCCUUCUCAAUUUUGGUGGGAUUGGCCUUGCUUUGUAUGCAAGUAACCAAGAAUUUGGCCGAUGCCUGGCUGAGUAAAUGGACUUUGAACACAACUUAUAAUGGAAGCGAUACCUUUAAUCACGUGUAAGCUUAUUUAAUUUUGAGUUUUUUAAAUUUUUUUUGAGGUUUAUUGAUAUUGUUGUACCUACAGGUUCCUGUCAAUGGAAAGAGAACCAAAUUUGAUGAACCACGACGAUUACAACGAGGCCCAGUACUUCCUAAGUGUUUAUGUUGCAAUUGCCGGCUUGAAUACAAUAUUUACCUUGCUUCGGGCGUUUUUAUUCGCAAAAGGCGGCGUAAUUGCCGCAAAGAAUAUCCAUGAGAGUUUAUUGAGCAGGGUAUUUGCUGUGAGUUGACUAAAUUCAACAUUUAUAAUAUUGAUUUAGUCUACCGUAUCCUGGUGGGAAGUGACUCCCUUUGGUCGAGUGGUGAAUCGAUUAUGUUCUGAUGUUUACAUGGUGGAUGACUCAUUGCCAUUCCAGCUGAAUAUAUGUCUGGCAUCUUUGCUGAAUCUUCUGGGAGCCCUGAUAUUAACCAUCUGGGCGUUACCAUAUCUAAUACCUAUAGUUAUUGUCAUUUUUGUCAUCUACUAUAUGAUCCAGGUGACAUUUAGGUUUUUUAUAAAAUUUUUUGGGGCAAUUCUGGUAUUGUAUAUUGUAUGUUUAGAGGUAUUAUCGCUAUACAACAUGUGAAGUGAAGAGGAUUACAUCGCUAACCUUAUCCCCCUUGUAUGGCCAUAUUUCCGACACGGUCUCGGGACUUGUUACGAUCCGAGCCUUCCGCUUUACGACCAGAUUCAUGGAGAAACUCCGAAAUCUUUUGGAAGACAACCUCAGCGCUCAAUACACAAACCUGGCGGCCUCUCAAUGGCUCUCAAUUCGAUUACAAUUUCUGGCUGUGGUCAUGAUAUCGGCGAUCGCUUUCAUUGCCGUCCUCGAAAAUCAUCUGCAUUCAGUGGAAAGCGGACUGAUUGGAUUGGCCAUUACGUAUGCGUUGACCAUGACCAAUGUCCUCAACAGUCUUUUGUCCUCCUUUAUUGACACGGAGAAGGAAUUGGUGUCGGUGGAGAGAAUCAUGGAUUAUAUACACACGAUACCCAUGGAAGAGACGAAUCAGGAAACGGAGAAUGUCGAUCGGUUCUUGGUGAGUAGUGUGGCAAUUUUUUAUGGUAAUUUAGUACUGUCGCUCGGCCAAAGGGCAGAUCGAUUUCAUCGGGGUUUGUCUCCGAUAUGCCUCCCAUCUCCCUCAAGCCCUAUCUCAUGUCACGUUCCAUAUAGAAGCCGGGAAAAGAGUAGCGAUUAUUGGGAGAACUGGAGCCGGAAAGAGUAGUUUAUUCCAGGUAUAACAUAUUUUUUAUAUUGUAGUAGGUAUUUUAGGCCCUUCUCAAAGCCCAUUCAAUUGAAAGCGGGAAGAUUUUUAUUGAUGGGACGGUCGAUAUAAGUCAACUGGAUCCCAAAGCAGUCAGAUCUUUGUUUGGAGUAGUCAAUCAGACGCCGUUUUUAUUUUCGGGAACCAUAAAGGAGAAUAUAAAAUUGAAUAAUGAAGGCGUAACUGAUAUUGAGAUUUUGGAACUAAUUGAAGUCGCAGGAUUGCGUAAGUUAUUUUUUAUUGAUUUUUAAGGGAAAAAUAAAGGUGGAAGGGUCUAAAAAUCAUAUUAAUUUAGGUUUAUGGCUAGAGCGAUGUGGAGGAUUGGAAGCGGAAGUCAUCGAAGGCGGGGCUAACUUCUCUUAUGGAGAACGUCAGAUCAUCCAGGUCUGCAGAUUAGUCCUCUCUAAACCUAAAGUAAGCAAAAGUAUUGCAAUUUUUGUAUUAUCUUUUAGAUUGUCCUAAUCGAUGAAGCCACCGCUCAUAUGGAUGAUGCCACCCACUUGACGAUGAAUAAUAUAAUCAGACGAAAACUGGAGACAGCUACAGUCCUCUCUAUUGUCCACCGGAUGAAAGGCAUUGAACAUUAUGAUUGGGUGAUCGAAAUGGCCAAUGGAGCGGUCAUGUCAGAAGGGCCCCCCGAGAAUUAUUUGGCCAAGGAAAACGAGUAG